AUGUCUGGAUUCAACCUCCUCGGGCUUCCAGCGGAAUGUUUCCAUGGCGUCAUGGAACAGCUGAUUGAAAUUGUAGACAUACCGGAAGCUGUAAGGCUACGUGCUGUCAGCAAAACCUUCAAUCAGGAAAUUUUGUAUACGCUCGCGCAGAAAUCUGUGCUGGCAGACUUGUGUCGUGACAAGGAGCGGUUCGAGAAAUACUGGCCUCCAAAAGAGCUGCGCCCCAGCGCACUCAGAUUCGUGGCCACCUAUAUGAGGAACCGCCCACAUGCACAGGAGCCUUGGAAUGACAAUAUCUCCGCCCUUCUCAACUACCUCGUGGAUGCGAUCUUGCAAUCAGAGGGAUUGGCCGCCGAUGACCCAAAAGGUCUUUCAUAUAUGUACGAGCUCUGUGGACACAUCGAGAGAAACCGGGGUGCCGAACACAUUGUUGCGGACAUCCAGCGUGACGAAGAGCUCUAUCUGGAAGACAUCAGCCCGGAAUCCCUCAUACCCAUAGGGCGCAUUGCCUUGGGACUUCCAGUCGAUGCGUCAGAGUUCCGAGACGAGACGAUCAACGAGGGCUGCUGGCUUAUCGGGAACCCGUUGUCCAUAAGCAUUUGCGCCUCACGGCUCGAUCUGAUACAGCACAUUUUAAGCCAGCCUAGCGUGGACGUGAACGACCGGGAGUAUGACGUUAUAGAGUUAGCCGUGAGGCAUUGCAGCAUCGAAAUCGUCAGGCUGCUGCUGGAGCCCAGGUUAGGGCUCCGGAUCGGCAACCCGCCAUGGUGUUCUGCGGUCCUUGAGUCCAUCGCGCUCAAGCGCCUAGAUAUAGCGCGCCUCCUUUUGGAACACCCCGGCGGCUGCUCACCUCUGCUUCUCGCUGACAGCCUGGCCGAGGCGACCCUCCAGGGCCAUAUCGAAACCGUGGAAAUGCUUCUGGACAUGGGCGCCAACGCCGACGGGGAUGGCCUUCAUACGAGCCCCACUCCCAUCGAGUAUGCUGCCUGGAAGGGCUGCACCGACAUCGUGCAGUUGCUGUUGGACAGUGGUGCUGAGCCGCCGGAGAUCAAAGUCAUCCGGGCGGCAGCCGAGCAAGGCCACAUCGACACUGCUCGGCUCUUGUUCCGGGAGUACCCGUGGCCGUGGUACCCAGAGGCACAAGCCGAGAUCCUGCUCGUGGCUAUAACCGCACAGCAAAAUGACUUCCUGGACUUUUACAUAGACGAGGAGCACAUCGACAUAGAACCCCUCCUGGAGGACGAGGAUGACUUUGAAGUGCUGUUCACCUGCAUCUCCAAGGCGUGCUUCAGCGCGAACACCCACGCCGUCCUGAAGCUCCACGAGGCCGGAGUCCCGCUCGACGGGCCCCUGUGGGACGCGGUGCAGGAGGGCUCGUCGGCGAUGCUCAUGGCCGAAGUGUCGGGCGACAGGGGCCUGAUUGACGCGCUGCUUGGCCUCGGCCUGGAUCCGGUCGACCCGAUGGAGUCGAUAUUUGCCGCGCAGUUCGAGUCGGGCAGGUUCCCCAGGGUCGAGCCGAAGCCCGAGACCGCGAUGCCUAGGAAAAAUGCGUUCAAAGACCUCAGCUACUAG